CUUCCAUUGCUCUGUGGUCCAGUUCGAAUGCACACAUGCCCGUUUGUAGCAGGGAGCAGCUGAGAUUCAAACCAUGUAUGAGCAGGCUGAAUCAGGGGCGGACUGACAACUCAUGGGGCCCCCGGGCAAUAGGGGAUCAUGGGGCCCCUGUGUCCUUGCCCAAACUCAAAAAAGCCUAUGAAAAAGGUACCAGGGGCGUCUCAUGGGGCCCCCUACUGACCCCGGGCCCUUGGGCAGUGCCCGAGUUUCCAAAUGGUCAAUCGGCCUUGGGCUAAAUGUAC